CGAGAAGAGCUCGGGUUGAUGAGCUGAACCAAAUGUGCCACAGGCUUGGCAAGCAUGGAUAUAAAUUUCAGGAUAAGCAGAAAAUGAGAUUCAAACACAUUCUCGUAGAUGACAAGAACAAAGCUAUGUUUUGCUAUGUGCCGAAGGUUGCAUGUACAUAUUUGUUGCGUAUAUUUUUAUCACUCAAUGAUAACAAUAAUGUAUCUAAUCCUAUUCUUUUGAAAGGGAAAGAUGUCCAUAUUUUGAAAAAAAAGCUAACCAACUUGGAUAGGUACUCGAAGCCAGAAAUCGAGUACCGAAUAAAUCAUUAUAAGAACAUAAUUUUUGUCCGAGAACCGCUUGAGCGUGUUUUUUCAGCAUUUAGGAAUAAAUUCAUUCUAACAAAUGACCCUAGAUUUAUAGACUAUGUAAGUAGCAAAAUCAAAAGCAUAUCCCGAAACAUUUCUAGCAAGAUGUCUCCCGAUAAAGGUGGAGUAAAUUUUACAGAGUUUGUUCAAUACUUGCUACAUUGGAGAACAAUCGAAGAAGGAUACAAUGAACACUGGGACUCGGUCAGUAACCUUUGUCACCCAUGUCUUGUAAAGUAUAAUUUCAUUGGGAAAUAUGAAUCAUUUAAGAAAGACGUUGCCGCUCUCUUAAAACUUCUCAGUAUUGAGGAUAGAGUCAAGUUUCAAAAAAGAGAAGAAUAUUAUAAGCAUGUGCCAUCGGCAGACAUGAUGUCAAAAUACUUUAAAACAUUACCACAAGAACUGUUUGAAGAUCUAAGACACAUUUAUAUACAGGACUAUCUUUUAUUUAACUACAAGAUUCCGUCCAUUGAACACAUAUUGAAGAGACAAGUGUCGUUUUAAUUUCUAUGAAUUUCUUUCUCGAUUUUUGACUGCAAGUGUUAGGGUUUUAACUAUAUAAUACACUAUUAAUAGUUACGUAUAAUUACUGUACCAAUAAUUUUUCAAUUUGGCAAGCACGUGACAGGAAAGCGUGAAUUACGUAACGCAUCUGAUCCUUUCGCUGAGCUUAUCUGUUUUUUUGUUUUUGUUUUUUUUUUUUUGUUUUUUUUUUCAACAAAAAAUACACAGCCAUACAUAUAAUUGAUUCUUUUUCAAUUAUAUUUAUUGUAUAUGUACAGAACAUAUCAACAUAUAAAUAAUUUCGC